GUAAUGCCCAAUGUCGCCUUCAAUCUCUGGGCGAAGGACCUCUGGGACCUACCAUUAAAACCCAUCAUGGUUCCCUCGAUCGUUUGCUACAACAACAACAACAACAACAACAGCAGCAGCAACACCAUCAGAAACCCCCAGCACCACUUCCUCCACCUCCACCACCGGCACUAUCGUCAUCAUCGCAACCCUCGCAAAAUGUUACCUCUGAGCGUUCCAUUAGCUGGGUGGUCGAUGGCGGUGGUGCUGGUGCCUUACUCACUGCCUCCUCCGAUGAGAGUGAUGAAAAAAAGAAAAAGAUCUCAGAGAAGCAACCACCCACUGCCAAAGAGGAAUUUGAUCGCGGAGUUGAGGUCGAGAAAUUCUAUCAUCAAAUAAACGGAGAUAUAUUUGAAAUCACCCGUCGGGUGAGAGCCCGCGAUGAAGAAACCAUGGAACAGCGAUGCAUACGCCGCAAACAGCAGCAGCAUCAGCACCAACAACAACAGCCGCGGGCCCCUCAAUUGCCGCCACGGCGGCAGAAAAGUGCCGAAGAGGUUGCCUCCGUGCCAAAAAGCGCCUUGCGUCAAGCACCCGAACAAUUAGAAUGGUUCGAUCGCAAGGCCCAACAACGUCAUUCGGCUAGAUCAGCCGAGGGCGGACAAGUCAGAGAGGAGACCAUGGAAUGGCUUAAGCUACAAAGUAAUGCUGCAGCACCUGUUCCACGCACCUCUUCGGGUCCCAGCGAGAUAACGGUGAUGAAGGACGAGCUACCCGAAUGGUUACUUGAGCAUUUGCCCAAGAAGAGAGAACAAAAGCGAGAGGCCACCAGCUCAGCUUAUGCCAAGGCUUUAUCUGAGCUGCUGAAGAAACCAUUAUCACGACAAAGUUCGGGUCCCUGUGAGUUCUCUCUGCUGAAGACCGACAUUGUCGAAUGGUUAACAAAAAUGCAAAUAAGUGGCCAAGCACAAAAGUCAUCAACGUCCAGGCGCUCGCAUCAUCGUCGUAAUGGCAGCUCUGGUGGUGGUGGAGACGCAUUUAGAUCCAAUUCGCAAGAAGAACAACAGAUUAUCUCCUCGUAUCAUCGCAAAAGACAUUCCCUUGGCCACAGUGGUGAGGAGGAAGUGCAGCAGCAACAACAACACCUGCAGCAGACAGUCGAUUGGAUAGCCUAUCCGUUGAAUAAACUGCAAUCGUUGGGCAAGCAGCCUUUACCGCCGACUAAUGUGCCCAGCGGUUAUGCUGUGCCUCGUUCCAGGGAACGCAAAUUGCGUCAUUCUGCCAGUGAAGUGGUCACUGGAGGCACUGGGGUAUCCUCGCAAACCGUUCAACCCUCCAUGCAACCCAAUCUCGAAAGGCUUUAUGCGAAACCGCAUAAAGAACGAUAUCAGUAUGUGGCCAAGAAGGAUCAUGUGUCAUCCAAGCGGGAACGUUCGCGGCGCCAUCAAACUCAAAGAUCGGCCACUGUCUCAGACAUGUCGAUGGAUCGUCGCGGUGGCCAUCACAAGCGUAAAUCCUCGAGUGCUGAGAGAGCACCUCGUUCACCAUCGCCCACACCCUGCACCGAUCCAUCUUGCCCACUAAUGCCCAUAUGUACGGAUCCGCAUUGUAGGUAUCAAGAGUGCCAGGCGACAACCUCGUCCAUUUCAUCAGUAAAUUUGCAGCGGCAUCAACAAUUGGCCCAAGUCCAGCUGCAUGCAGUGCCUGCUCAUUUAGUUGGCUCUUCGGAAGCACCAACAACGCCCUCAACAACAGCAACGCCACCGCCACCGCCUCCCCAAGCAACAGUAAUAGCUGCUGCAGCAGCAGCAGCAGCAGCAUCAUCAUCAGCAGCUCCGCCUCCGGAACGACGCCGUUUGGUCAUUUGCCAUGAAUGUCGGUCGUGUGCACCGCUGUUGGCUUGCCAGAAUCGUAAAUGUCUCAAUGCCGCCAAAUGUAAUUCACUGCCACGCUGUGCCGCUGAUUUUAAUCGCCUUCGAACUCAGUUGGCUCAGCCCCCCCUGACUUUAGAUGACAUUGAGCCGGCGCCAUUGGAUAUUGAAAUGCAACCGCUGCCCUCACCGCCACCGAUGCGUCACCAUCAACAGCAUCAGCAGCAACAACAACAGCAACAGCAACUGCAUCAUCAGCAUCAUCAUCGCAGUAAUUCACAGCCAAAUACUUUACAAAGAGGCGACUCGAAUGCCUCAUCGACAGCCUGGUUAGAGCCACAUACAGCUCUGGUCCAGCAGCAGCAGCAACAGCAGCCGCCUCUACCCACAUAUGUCGUCCAUCAUUCCAAUGGUAAUGGUAAACUUAUGAAAUCAGCUUCAGCUGCCUCAUUAAAUUCCCGCCGACGUCGUCAUAAAACCGUGCACUUUGGUGAGAACCUACUUAGAGAGGUUUGCCAGAAUCGAAAAUUGAUUAAAGAGGAAAGCCAUGCCCCACCAUCCGGUUCGGCCCCGAUGAAGGCCAACAUACAAAUGUUGUACAAUUUCGUCGAGGGUGUCCUCAGUGCCUGGGUCGAUGAUGAUGAGGAUCAAGUGCGUUCGGGUGCAGAAUCGGAACCGGAACAUGGUGUUGUCGCCCUACAGCCGAUACAUCGUUGCAAUCGUUUGCGUUAUCAAUGCAUUCGUCGCAUUGUCGAGGAAGCAGCCGAUCUACAGGGCACUCUCAAGCUGGGUAACUCACGCUAUCGUCAUCGACAUUGGCGUAGUACGGCCAAGCAGUGCAACGAAAUGUUCCUUCGCAAGAUUUCUGACGAUGAUCGAAUGAGCCUCACAACUGCCGUUUCGGAUGAAGAUGAUGGCGAAAGUGUCAUGGCGUCACCAUAUAAAGCAAAGGCCACUGGCACAGCUGCAUCCUCCUUCAAUUGCACUGGAGCUGUACGUAAAGCUGGUUUUCUAUCGGUAAAGAAAUGGUUACUACGCAAAAAGCAUCAAAUCGAACUGGCACGCAAACGAGGCUGGAAAGGCUAUUGGGUAUGCCUAAAGGGCACCACAUUGCUCUUCUAUCCAUGCGAUUCCCGCGAGGGACGAAGUGUGGAGGCAGCACCGAAGCAUUUAAUUAUUGUGGACGGUGCAAUUAUGCAGCCCAUACCCGAGCAUCCAAAGCGUGACUAUAUCUUUUGCCUGAGUACGGCAUUUGGUGAUGCCUAUCUCUUCCAGGCGCCCUGUCAGGUGGAGCUCGAGAAUUGGGUGAAUAGUAUUCAUAGCGCCUGUGCUGCUGCCUUUGCACGUCAUCGCGGUAAAACCGGCACAUUGCAUCUACUUCAGGAGGAGAUCUUUCGUUUGGAGAAGGCCAUUGAAUCGGAUCACAAACUCAAGCACAUGGCCGAGUUGCAGCAAUCAGUUGUCACCGAUCAGGAGACACGGCAUCAGAUUCAAACACAGAUUUUACAAUGGGAAGAGAAUUUGGAGCGUUUGCAUUGUGAGCAAUUUCGAUUGCGUUGCUAUAUGGCAUCGCUGCAAAGCGGCGAAUUGCCCAAUCCCAAGUCUCUACUCACACAUGUGUCGCGACCGACAAAGAAUACAUUGAAUAAACUUGGCGUCUUUACGGUCUCCUCAUUCCAUGCCUUCAUCUGUGCCAGAUCGCCAUCGCUGCUUAAUAAUCUAUUGGCUGGUCGCGGAGCAACCAAACGUAGGCCACCCAUGCUAUCGCGUUCCAAUAGUGGCUCAAGUCGUCGCUCCAUGCAGAUGAAUUCACGUGACGAACCGGAAAAAACUUUCAAAGUUGCAAUGCCCGACAAUGCUUACUCGACAGUUUAUCUACGUGAUGCCAUGUCUGUCGAAGAAUUCUUGGCCAGCGCCUGCGCCCGUCGCCAGCUCAAUCCCAUGGAGCAUUUUGUGCGAGUUAAGAAGCGACGCGACAUGGAGGAUCAUAAUUACUUUGUGCCGCAUCGCAAUGAUCUAAUUGAAAACUAUCUACAUAAUCAUGAAUUUGUGGAAGUCUGCAUGAAAAUCUUAUAUCAGGUCGAAUUGCAACGUACCACAUUGGAGCAGAUGUGGGGCUUCUCCGUGGAAGCGGAACUGAUCGAGAACGCUGAGCGACAGGAUGAGCUAUGCUGCUAUGUGAGCCGUGUCGAGGACAAAAGUGUGGCCAUGCACAAUGGCAUUAUCAAAGGAGACGAAAUAAUGGUCAUCAAUGGUGCAAUUGUAUCCGAUCUAGAUAUGAUGUACUUGGAGAGUGUCCUACAGGAAGAACAAUCGCUCAGCAUGAUGAUGCGAUCUUCUCGUACAGAGCCACCAGAUCUAGUUGGCAUAAUGCGGGUUACAGAUGAUAUGAUUGAUUCUUUGGUUUGCCCACCGCCACCCACAGAUCCGCCGGUGAUGAGUGAGGAGAUGAUAACGGGCCUGAUAGUACCGGCACCUGGUUGGAAUGGCACUGGCAAGGAUUUGUAUUCACCCGAGGCGGAAAGCUCUCCGGCCCCCUCCUUUGUCGAUCCACAAAUGGCAGCACAAUUGGCUGUCGUUGGCGCUGGAGGCGUUCCUGGUGUCGGACCUGGUGGAUUGGGCGUGGCUAAGCCUACCAGUCGCACGAGCAGCUUUGAAAUUGAAAAUUUACUCAAAACGGCCGAACAAGUUACCGGAUUUUGUCGUUCACCUCAGGAAACACGGAAAUCGAGCCCCACAGGUUCUAUAACCUCAUCAGUAUCAACAACAGCCUUGACACCAUCACGCCAAUUGACCGAUGCCGAGAAAUUAAGGAAAGUCGUUAUGGAGCUAGUGGAUACGGAAAGGACUUACGUAAAGCAUUUGAACAAUCUGCUGGAGCAUUAUCUGGAGCCGAUGAAACGCGAAACAUUCCUAUCAAAUGCCGAGAUAAAUGCCCUGUUCGGCAAUAUCCAUGAGAUUGUCACAUUCCAGAGGCAAUUCUUACAAAAUUUGGAAGAGGCAUUGGAACUUGAACCGGAAUUUAAUAAAUUCGAACAUUGCGGACAAUUCAGAAAUGUCCUCUUUGCCAUUGGUUCAGCAUUCCUUUACUAUGUCAACCAUUUUAAAUUGUAUUCCUCGUUUUGUGCCAGUCACAGCAAGGCUCAAAAGGUUCUACAUCCAAAUGAAGGCAAUCAUGCUCUGCAGGAAUUCUUGGCCGCACGCAAUCCUAAGCAACAGCAUAGCAGCACACUGGAAUCUUAUCUGAUCAAGCCUAUACAGCGUAUCCUUAAAUAUCCUUUGCUAUUGCAACAAAUGCGCAAUUUAACCGAUACUCGAGCCGACGAGCAUGUCCAUCUAUGUGAGGCCCUCAAGGGCAUGGAAAAGGUGGCUGAGCAUAUCAAUGAAAUGCAACGCAUUCAUGAGGAAUAUGGCGCCAUAUUUGAUCAUCUCUUUAGGCAACAUCAAAAGUCAUGCAAGCAGCCAAUCGAUUUGAGUCCAGGUGAUCUGCUCUACUAUGGCGGAGUCGAAUGGUUAAACAUCUCCGAUUUCUUGGGUAAAAUCAAGAAAGGUCUAGAGCUACAUGCCAUGUGCUUUGUCUUCAAAUCAGCUGUGGUCUUUCUCUGCAAAGAGCGUUUGCGUCAAAAGAAGAAACUGAUGGGCGUCUCAAGCAAAAAUGCAACGAACGAAGUGGAAAUUAUACGAUAUCAAGUCCUGAUUCCAGUAACUGAGGUCCAAGUGCGAGCCAGUUCGGCCAAGGAUAUGGAUUCGCACUUCUUGUGGGAAUUGAUACACUUGCGGUCCCAACUGCAACGUCGCUCGGAGAAGGUCUAUGUGCUGUCGAAUAGCACCGCCGAUUUCCGUAAUGCUUUCCUCAAGACCAUACGUCAGAUAAUACGUGAGAGUGUGAGGAACAUGUCAAUUCCCAUGAAGAAUUUUGGUGGUAGCUCUGGCUCCGUAUCGGGUAUGUCCUCACAGGGCGGCGGUGGCGGCGGCAUGAUGCACGGUGGAUAUGCUGGUAAUUCGCAAACCUUGGAGAGACCCAAACAACAGAUUACCAUUGUGCAUGGUUCGCAUACUUUGGGUAAACCCAAGAAGAAAUCCGGUUCUCAGCGACAUUCGGCUGGUAAUAUUGACUAUGAUAAUCUAUCGGGCAGUCAGGAGGGCGAUGAUCUACCUCCAACUGCAGUUGGCGGCAGCGGCGGUGGAGUAGUGCACUAUGCAACGGCCCAACAUGGCCAACAGUUGCAGCCCGGUGGUUUCCGUGGUCGCAGCAAGACGGUGGGCGAUGUCACAGAAAUCACUUACUCUUCCAUAGAUCCCCAACAACAGCAGCAGCAACAACAGCAGCAGCAACAACAACAGCAACAGGCACCUCAAACACAUCCCCAUCCACAUCCGCGAGAGCCACCACCACCACCCAUCAGACAACCACAUUUGCAUCAUCAUAGCAGCGAUAUUGAGCGUAUUGAUCCCGGAACCAAAUCCGAGGGUGAAGAAGACUCACAGCAGGGCACAAUCAGGCCCAAGGCCACACUGGGUCGUACACCCAAUCACCUGACAUUGAGCACCACUUCAACCCUUUCGGUGGGCAGCACUGGCAGUCAGGCUCGUCUCAUACAAUCAUCACAUCCGCCGGCCAGUUACCAGCCGGUUUUAAUGAAGGACCUAGGUAAGCCAUCAUCAUCGAUAUCAUCGCCAGAUGAUGAAACGGAACUCGAAUCGGAAUCGGAGGUUCAUGCCCAACAAGUGGCGGCCUCAUUUAAUUUAAGUUUAGGUAGUAGUGGUAGCCUAUUUGCUGCCAAUGAUUCUCAUUCCCCUCAAUCCCAACAACAACAACAAUUACAACAGAUUCAGAAUUCCCAACACCAAUAUCAUCAUCUAUCACCACGUCAAUCGCCAAGGCAAUCGCCGCGUCAAUCGCCCAAACAAGAGAUCGAAGUAAUCGAAAUCUUUGAAAGUGAAUCCGAGCGUUUGGCCUCGUCCCAACAGGUUGCAGUAGUCCACCAACAUUCAGGUGGGGGUCAGGCCAAACAACGACGUGACCGUGACCGAGACCGUGACCGUAACCGUGACCAAGACCGUGACCAAGACCGUGACCAUAUACAAACCGAUGCCGAGUCAUCAGCUCGAUUCAUGAGCGAAUUGCUCGAACAGGAGAAUCUAGCGGAUGGCACUUGCAAUAUUGUGGCCUAUAUGGCUAGUCUCAGGGAGAAGGCUUUCGAGCCGCAAGAUUUAACCGAGGAAGAGAACGGCGAUCAGCAGCAAAAUGAUUCAAGUCUAUCGCCCGAACCACAGACAGUAGUAGAGAACACGACGACGAGCAAUCAACAGACAGUCGUUGUAGACAUUGAGUCGCCGCAUUCAUCGCGUCCCACAACCGAAUCGGAUAGCACGGCCACAACAGGCCCUUCGGAGCGUUCCGAAGACGAAACAGAAGAAGAAGGUGGCAGCAGCCACAAUAUCUCCUCGCUGGCCUCUCACAUUGUGGUUAUUGACAAGAAGGUCGACAAGAUAUUUAAAACCAAGUCACCAGAUCGUGGAUCAGGCGCAGGCCAAAAAGGCACCACCACCACCACCAGCAGCAACACCGCCUCGAAGGGUUCGAAACGUCAAAGUAUUUACAUUUCACCAGAUCGUUCCAAGUCGCAGGGUAGCUCACCCGUACGCAUAAUUAAAAUAAAAUCCCCACGCUCCAGUCUCAGUGAACAGGGCAGUGGCAAGCGGAGUCGCGACAAUUCCCAGGGUCGUCGUACACCCAGUCCACGACGGUCGUCCGAAGGUGGUGGAGGUAUCCUAAAACAUUCCACGGCACAGCCAACGGGUGGCAUAUUGAAGCCCCAUGUGUCCAGUCCCUCGAAAUCAAAGAGUCCUGAUCGGAGUUGUUUAAAGAAGGGUGGACCCUCUCAUGUCUGCGAAGCAUCAGGAGCAGCAACAACUUCGCUGUCUCCCCGUCACCUCUCUCCACGUAGUAGUCUAGAUCAUUUGUCGCCGGACCGAGCCAGCGGCAAUACUUCCUCUUGUCUGCGUCACUCACCCAUGAGUAGUUUCGAUAGUUCCGAUCAUUUGGAUGUGCCAGGGCGUAAACGUAGCAUGUCUGCCCACGGCAGCUUUGAUACAGGAUCAACCAAAUCGUCGUCUCGUCAUCAGCAGCAGCAGCAGCAAGAGACAUAUCAAUAUUAUCCAGUCUAUGAUAAUCAGACAUGUAGUGAUCAUUAUGUAACCACGGGCAAAUACGGCGGCGGCGGCGGCGGAGGUGGACGUAGUCGUCUCAGUAAGUCACUGGAACGUUCCACCUCCAGAGAUAGUUCGUUGACAAACAGUUCGUAUGGCAUGAGAGGUAGCGGAUAUGCUGGCUAUGGCAAUUUAUCGCCGGAACGUAACUAUGUGGUCUAUAGCUCGGGUCCAUUGCGUUCACAAUCGGCGGAGAAUACCUUCUCGCAACCCAUUUACGAUCAUCCCAUGCCGUUGCGGCAACUUCCGCCACCUCCUCCACAUGCUCAGCAGUAUGUCACCUAUAUGCCAGAUAUGUCAGGAGGCGGCUAUAUGGGAGGACCGCCGCCAAUGGGUUGCACGCACGAUCAGUCCAUCAGCCAGUUGAGCUCCUCGGCUCCCGAGUAUACCACAUGCAUUGAUUGUCUCUAUCAGAAGAGACCCUCCUAGCAUAAGUCCCGCGUGCGGCAAAGUCGCACGCGGAAGAAGACACCAAGAAACAUGGGCAUGACCAUGGGAGGAGUUGGCGGUGUGGUGGUUAGUGCCCAACCAACGGCUAGUGGUGGCAUAGGAUUUGUCCCAGAGAUGG